AUGGUGGACUGGAGCCCCAUCGCUAAAGUUUAUGACCCGCUCAAAGCUGGGAGCAUUGACGGCACUGACGUGGAGCCCCACGACCGGGCCGUGUGGAGGGCGAUGUGUGCCCGAUACAAGCCCAACAAAGGUGUCGUGGGGGACCCGCUACUCACCCUUUUCGUGGCCCGACUCAACCCGCUGACCACCGAGGAGAAACUCCACCAGGUUUUCUCCAAAUUCGGCGAUAUUAAACGACUUCGCUUGGUUCGCGACGUGGUCACGGGCUUCUCCAAGCGCUACGCUUUCGUUGAGUAUAAGGAGGAGCGGGCGGUGGUGCGAGCUCGCCGGGACGCCAACAAGUUGGUGGUGGACCAGCAGGAAUUGUUUGUCGACUUCGAGUUGGAGAGAACCCUCAAAGGUUGGAUACCUAGGCGGCUCGGCGGCGGGCUGGGAGGCAAGAAAGAGUCCGGGCAAUUGCGCUUCGGCGGCAGGGAUAGACCCUUCAGGAAGCCCAUUAACCUCGUGGUCGGACCGUCCCACCAGGAAUGGACGAGUGGAGGACGCAGGGAGUGGGAAAGACCCGGGGGAAGAGACCGAGACGAUCGGGAUAAACGGGACCGAGGCCGAGACGACAGGCCUUAUAGAGGACGGGAGGACAACCGCUAUCAAGAAAGGAGUAGAUACAGAGACAGACGAUGA